ACCUGUGAUUAAAAGACCACGGGGAACCCUAUGAAAAUAGAUCAAAAGAUGAUCACAGUGGUACUUUAAGCUUGAAAUGACUUGAAACAAAAAGUUUUACUAAUAUCUAUGACUUGAACUUUGAUAACAGUUCCCCAAAAGCGGGGGUCUUCAUUGCAGCACAUGUUCCACCUUUUAUGUUUGUUUUGGAAGGGAUGGAAGAUCAAUAAAAAAAUCUAUUUUCUAAAUUUGAAGAACACAUUUUUAUUUAAUUAUUUAAAGAGAACAGUAUCUAAAGAAAAAUGAAAGUCUUCCUUGCUUUUGGCUGUUCCAUCCCUUAAGCCCCGCCCCCUUUUUCCCCGAGUCACUAAACACCCCCCAUACAGCCGGCUUUGUUGCAGCGCUGCAGCAUCAGAAGGUGAACAGGGGGUUAUUUCGCAUCAAGCAGCUGCAGGAUUUUUCACAUUUUUAAGAAAAGAAGCAGCUUUGGUGGGAUUCUAAAGCGUCACGAGCGUCCUUCUGCUCUCGCGUGGCUUUGUUUCGCCGCUUCUUCAAGGGCAGACGGAGAUCCAUGACAUACGUUGAAUCGGAGAGGACACCGCUUCAGUGUCACGCAAGGCCACGGUGGUGCGGGGGUUCGGUGAUGGACGCAGAGAGGUUGGAGCAGCAGGUGGCCAGCGUGGAGCGGGGCAUUGUCUUCCUGAAGCGCGAGCACCUGGUGAUGCUGAGCGGUCUGCAGCGGGAGAUCACGCACCUGAAGAGGCGCUGUCACGAGCUGAGCUGCGAGCUGGACUCCAGGUUUCCCAACAGACGCACAGCAGAGGAGGAAGCAGAGCUCGCCGCACGCUGUGAGGCUGCAGAGCGCCUGCUGCAGCGUCAGCAGCACAUGAUGGUCUCCACGCGUGGCGAGCUGCGAGCCGGCCGGGCUCGAGCGUCAGCACUUGGUAGGAGUCUCCGGGAGGAGGAGCGGCGUUUCCUGGAGGAGCUGAAGCAACGGAGUCAUAAGAUCACGCUGCUGAACCGGGAGCUUCAGCGUCAAAACGUCACCACCAUGUCCCUCUGCCACCAGCUCCAAAACGCACAGUUAAAACUCUUUCAGCAGCAGCAGGGGGCGGGAUCUGCUGCAGGGACGGAGGAGGAGGAGGCCAGAGGGGAGGAAGGAGAAGAGGAGGAGGUGGACGAAGUAGGUCAGGAAGACUGGUUAUUGUCCCCACCUGCACCUGUGUCUCCGGGUCAGGGAAGAGCAAAACACCAGAGGCUUGUGAGCCUGAGGGAGGAGAGAGUCAGAGCCUGCGUCCCACAGGAGAGAGUGACGUCACCACAGCGGCCUCACUCAAUGCCUGACCCCGCCCUCUUUUUGGUGCCGCUCAGAUAUCGCCUUCUUCGCCUGGGCCAGCAUAGCAGACCUAACGAUGGAGAUGGUGUCGAGGAUGAGUGGGAGGAUUUGGAGGACAGCGGGGUGCACAGGAGGGUGGACAUGGGAGCAGCGGAGGGAGAAACUGCACUGUGAGGACGAUGAAGAGGCAACUCCGUCUUCCAUGUCUUUCAUAUGCAUUUAUUUUAAAGCAGACUUCUGACUGUCUGUAGUGUCUUAAAAUUCAGUUGCACACCUAACAUUUCACAGGAGAGCAAGACCAGGCCUGCAGGAAUACAUGUGAAUAGAAUUUAUCACAUGAGUUUCACGUAAAGUGGUCAAAGUGGUCAAAAAAAGACUCAUCAGUGAUUUAUAUUGAUGCUGUUUCCUUUUAGAACUCUGCUGAUCAUUAAAAGCAGCCUCGUCUCCAGUCAAUGAACACUUUCUUCACCUUUGCUUAAAAUAGCUUGUUUUUCACUGCAAUACUCCCUUUCAGCUUCAGAAGGUCAAUUGAGAGGGCUUUUAUGAAUUUUAUAUGAUUUGCACCUUAGUAAAUUCAUGCAAUGUGCCUAGGUAUGGCAAAAA